UCAUAUUUAAAAGUGAAAUUCUUAAAAAUAAAUAAUCACAAAAAACAACAUAACCUAACUUAACCUCACUUAAGUAACGCUGUUCGUGUGUUUAUUCAACAAGUUAAUUUAAAGAAAUGGGCAAAAAUCACCGUCAUUCGAAGAAUUUAAAAUCAGAGAGGUCCAAAAUCAAGUUAAAAACCCAAAAAACCAAGUUCUUACCGAAAGGCUUAAACGUAACCAACACCAACUUCAAAAUAAAACCAAUCGUGGUUCCUCAUCAACUUGUGCAGCACAAAUCACAGGUUACCUCGCAAAAUCUCGAUUUUAAGGACAUCAUGAACCGAAUUAAACAUCACAACGUAACAGUUAACUUAAACAGUUUACAACAAUUAAAAGAAUUCAUCUAUAUAGUACAAAAUAACGUUUUGGAUAAGUACGUUUUACAAAUAUGCGAAUUACUUUGUCCGUUAUACGUACACAUCGAUCAAAAAUUACGCCGAGAAGCUAUAACUUUAACACAUCAUUUAAUUAAAUUGAUUAAAAGUGUUGGAAUUGAGCCCCACAUAAACAGAAUUGUAUCAUAUUUAUGUUGCAUGAUGACACAUCUUAACGAAAACGUCCAAGAAGAUUCUUUACGACUGUUCGAUGUUUUAAUCCAAUCGAUUCCUGGAUUAUUAGCAACAAGAUGUGAUAAAAUCAUCCAAAAUUUUGUUUUAUUAAUUUCAAAAAUUAAAAUUAACGCGAAUGAUAAAUCGAUGUUGCAAACUACGAUUAAAAAUAAACGAACAAGUGUUGAAUGGCGUUUAAUGGUUUUAACAAGAUUCAACGAGUUUUUAGGGGUGAUUUUAACCAGGAAGAAACAAGAAAAUGUAAUCGAUAUAGUACCAAUUAAUAUUAUUAAAGUGGAAAGGCAAAGAAUUAGUGCUCCGAUUUAUUAUAAAAAGGAAGAAAUUGAUAUUUAUCGUGAUGAUAUCAAUGUUGAUGUUUGGUUGGAUGAUUGUGUUAAGGAUGUUUUGGUGUUAUUAAAAGGGAUUUGGUUGGAAGUUCAACCUAGUAAUAAGCAUUCCAUUCAAUCAGCGCAAUUAUUUUGUACUGUGAUUAAUAACGAGGUUUUAAACAUUUUGCAUUGCAUUUUGAGUAUAAUUAGUUCCUUUUAUGAGUUGAUGGUGAUUAAAACUCAAGAAAAUCAAGAGAUUAAAAUUGUAGGUUAAUUUUUUGACACAUGACAUAACCUCAAAUAAUUCAGGAAUUAUCGUGUUGCUUAAAAAUCGAUAAUUUGGUUUUUUAAUCGACGGGAAAUCACUCAAGUAAGUCGUUACAUAUAAAAAAAAAGUAAAAUUUAUCGAAAAAUUACUUUAAAGUUUCGACGUGACGUAUAUUUUAAGGGUUUUUUCGAUAGAUGGCGCUAUCUCCUAUGCGUCUUAAAGUGACAUUAAGAAGUGAAGGCGAUUAAUUAUCGAGAUAUUUAAUUAUUGAGAUAAUGAAUUGCAUUUUAAUAUACGAGUUAGUUACGAUAUUUUUCCGUUGACUGUUUUUUCAACAAAAUAAUUCUAUCACUGGCAAACUUUAAGAAAGUCCAACCGAACUAAUAUAAUAGUCAAUUUAGUAAAUAUUCUCGAAUGAAAUCUGUAAUACCGACCACUACAUCUAUUCGGUAAGACUA